GUGUAACUUAACCUCAAAAUCAUAAAUGACAUAACCUCAUUUUAUUACUCAAAGAAGGAAUAAAAAUAAAGCAAACAUGAAUAGUAUAAUUAACAUUUUUUCAAAAUUAUUGCUUGACAAAACAACAAUUUCUCAUACUGUUCGAAAUGCGAGUAAAAAAGCUGGUGGUAGUACAAAAAAUAACAGCACUAAGAUUAGGCCGAAACAUAGAGGGUGGAAGAGACAAGAUGGGCAUUGGGUUGAAUCAGGCACCAUUUUAGUUCUACAAAGAACACUAAGGUUUCACCCAGGACAAAAUGUUGGAUUGGGAAGAAAUGGAACAUUAUUUGCAAUGAUACCCGGUAAAGUAGUUGUUACUUGUGAAGAAACUAACCCAGAUUGGGACCACACCUGGGUACAACGAUGUCAUGGCUCUAGAAUGGGGACAAAAUUCUACAAAAAAUACUUUAAUGUUAUUCCUAAUCCACAACAUAAUAAUUUUAAAUUAAUUGAACAAAUUUAAAUUCGAUUUAUUAUUAUAGUAAAUAU